AUGCCAUUCGCCAGCUCCAGCGUUUUCCUGCACCCUCCAGCUGGCCUACCCAUGAUUGCCUCUGCUGCCCAGGCCACCAGAACCUGGCCUCUCUGGGUACUCUCCGCUGUCUUCCCACAGCCCCAGAGGCCCAGUGUUGCCCAGGUGCGUGAAUUUGGCACUGUGGAGGGGUGGCAGUGGCACACAGGUCAGGAGGGUGGGGCCGUGUCUUGCUGGGAGUAGGGAGCCAGGAUUGCUGCCCCCCACCCAGGUGGGCCUGCGCGGGUGUGUGCGUGUGGUAGAACAGGUAGUGUGGGUAUGUGGGUUUGCUGCAUUGUUUGUGAGCACCUGGUGGGGACGGGGGAGAGAGGUUCCAAUCUGGAGGCCCAAGGUGGCUGGGAGGAUGCCAGGCCCUUCUGCUGCUCUGCACUGUUCACAGGCCCAACCACCAAACAGGAUCCUGAAAGGGACCCCCAAGUGCUGGUGCUUACAGCUGUCCAAAGCUCGAACCACAAAGCUGGUAGGCCUUGACGGGGACCAGAGGCAUGGCAAUAGCAGUGUCUUCCUGGACUCUCCCAGUGGUCUGGAGCCCUGUGCCACCAAUUGGGAACCACAUCCUGACCUUGGCUGCCAACUUUACCUCCAUCUCCCUCAGCAGCAGCAGGAAGAAGUGGAGCAGCUCCUGGUGGUGCCGGGCAAACCCAACAAAGGCUGACAGGGCCUGGGCAGGCCGCCUGAGCUAUCAGGCUGAGGCUGUGGAGAUCAUGGCCCAGGGCCAGGUGCCAGCCUAUAUACUUUGCUGAGGGACUGGGCUGUCCAAGCAGACAGCUGAGCACCCUGAGUACUAGAGGAUGUCCUGGCUGCCAUGUGCCGUGAAGAUGUGGUCCAGGUCCUGGGUCCUUCAGCUGAGGGCUGCUCAGUGGUGAUUCCCCACGUGCUCUGGUGCUCCCUACCACCUCACAUCUUCCUCUUCAUGGGCUACCUAAUGUUGCUGGCAUCCAUCUGCUCUUUUCUGGGGGGCCAGAGCAGCCACUCACUUCCCUUCACGCUACCUUACAAGACAGGGACCGGGAUGUAGGGGAGUAGGCAGUGAGAAAGUGGUCCUGCACACCCAUUCCCCACUCUGCCUCCCUUUUUGUAGCCUUGGCUCCACCCACCCCCCUACUUUUGUAUCCUUGAUUA